AUGAGUGAUGGAUCUAUGAAUGUGGAUAAAGAGGACGUAUUUAAGUUACUUGUCAAUUCCUCGGAAAGACAUUUGACUGCCAAGCAGUUUUUGAACUUCUUUAAUGAAAUAUUGAAUGAGAGGCUAGAGCCCUUGCCAAGCAAUGGCGAUGAAAGUGAAAACAAACACCAGGAACAAAGCGUAUAUACGCGUAUCGCGGAUGAGCUUUUUCGCGGUCUCGAGACUCAAAAAAGUGUUCUAAUUGCCGAUUACGUCGUAGAAGUGGUAUUUGUCAAUUAUAACCGUCAAUUGCUGGAAGAGUUGUUCUCUCGUCUUUCCAAUGUUACAAAUGGCAGACUGAUCAUCCAUCUCUUCAAUAAAGCUAGUGCAUUUCUGCAUCAACUGUCCGACAGGUUGGUUAUCGAACAAGUAUCUCAAGAUAUGGCAGACGUUAUUCUACCGUCUCUGUUGAGCAGGGAUUUUGAUGGCAUUGAUCCCCUUUUCGUGAAACCCAUUGCCAAGUUUCUGAUGAGGUGUCUCGCUUUGGCGAAUAAACCUUUGAAAUUGAGCUCUCCGCUAGUGCUCGAGCACGUUCAUUCGCUGAUGUCACGUCUGUCGCGGACGGAUAAACUGCUUCAUAAAAAGCUUUUGGGGAGCGUUACCCAGAAGCUUAAUUACCAUGAUCAAGGUUCUGGAAUACCGUCGGUGCUGGUCAAUGGGGCAGCCACAUCACCUGCCACCACCUCACCCAAUUUCGCAGUGAGCCCGUCCAAUUAUAACUAUAAAGAGGAAGGUGCUCGCAAAUCGGGUAAAUCUUAUCAGGCGAUCCGAAUGUCUCGCUACUACAAAAAUUUGUGGCUUAAUAGUAAAAUCAUAAGUUGGUCUGCUGGUGGUUCUGAUUUUGCUCUGAAGUACAGCUCGAUCGAUAGCAUAUUGAACUCGAGUGAGAUGUCAAAUAAUUUCAAUUCUGAAGCGGUGUUUUCUGAUCUUAUCGAAACUACAUUUACUUGUUUUGCUCAGUUCGUAAGCAACAAGCAGUAUCAUGAACCUAACUCAAACUACAACCUUCUCGAACGACAGUGGGUAAUUUUCAUCACCAAGCAAUUGCCGCUUUUGAUAAUGGAAAAUGCCUCCCAGUAUCCAGGGCUGAUUCAAAAAAGUAUUGAAGCUGUUGAUGAUAAAGUGGCCAAGGCCUUGAGGUCCUACGGCUCGGAGAAGGAAAAUUUCAAAGAACGAAAUGAAGAUCUUUUUGAUGACUUUCCGAAUAAUAGCCUUGACAUACGCCAUGACUUCAUAAAAAAUCUUAUCAUGCUAAAAUUGCAGCCGCCUUCCCUUCUCAACGACUUUCUGAGAGAAGAUCAAGUGGUAGACAUUAAGUCAUUGUCAUGCGACGACUCGGUAAAGUUGAAGAACGAGCAAGGUGUCCGAGAAGUAAUUGAUGACUUUUCUGCAUUUAUCACAACUGCUCUGAGAUCCAUGGACAUUGAAGGAAUUUUUGAAACAUCUGGCACAUCUACUAUUGCAACUGGGGACAGACUCAUUCAAACAUUUCAGGACUUUGAAUCUGUAGCACCAACAAAACAAAGAGAGGCAGCUCAGACCAUUUUUCAGUUACUUUGUGAUGCUGUUAAGGAUUUCGACUAUCGCUUAGUAGCCAAAAUUUGUUGCGUUCUGACUAUGAACUGGGGCCAUUCUUUGACGUCAAUUCUAUCGUUUGUGGCUCCCUCAAAGUUCGCUGUUCCACUAUGUGAAUUCCUGGAAGACGCCUGGGAUAUGCGUUCGGAACGAGUUAGUGAAAGUUUAAUGGAGGACUCGGAUCUAGAGUUGAAUAGCGACUUUGUCAUUUUCACGCAUGCAUUACUCUUUCUCAUAACUCUUCAAGAAACAUAUGGAAUAAAGCUUACCGAUAUAUUUUUGAGCUCUAAGCGGCUUUCAACUCAAAAUUCCUUCAUAUUAGAUUUCGUCUCUCACCUAGGGCAGAUUCCUGAUCGACUUGAACUUUCCAAUGGCGCUCAAGAGAACAAGAACUUGCUAGAAACGUGGUUCCGCGAUCUUUUCAUAAACGGAUCGAUAUCUGAUUCUCUUAUGAAAUCGACCGGUGUCAAAGACCUAGCCCACCUUGUUCCCUUCAUUUUCAAACAAAGUGUGGAAAGCGUUGAAGUUGGUGCUCUUAGAGACGUUUCACCUCUCAUUGGGGGUUUUGAAUAUUUUCUACAGCCUUUUAUGAUCAUUGGUAUGAUUGGUAUCGUUUUUUGGCUCGAGCCGUAUCUGUGCACAGUGAAGAGCAAAGGAAGUUCUGACGAAUUUUUUGAGUCUCUACUUGAGAUGCUCAACUCCUUAAUUAAUCCAGCAACCUUAAAUGAUGAAUCGAGACCUCUUCACACAAUCAUUUUGAGACUCAACGCACCUAAACUUCUCAAAGCUCUGAGAGCCUUCAGAAGUCAAACACAGCCCAAUUAUGGAAUCUAUUCUGCAGAUGCCCAGGGACAUCCAAAGCUAGAGUCCUUGAUUUCUCACUUAGAAGAUUCACUGAAAACUGGAAUUGUCUACAAUGUCGACCCUCGUCUGUUGUCAAAUUCAAAUGGAUAUUCUCAGAAAGAUGUCAUUUACGCUCCCUUCAUUAUCACCAAUGAAACUACCAUUAGCAGUAUUUUGACAAAUCAGAUAAAUUCUUUCUGGAAUCUUCACAGCAGUACCUACUUCAAUCUUGAUUAUCUGAUGACCUUAGUAUCAAUUAUUACUCCGGGGCGAUUUUUAGAAGAAGUUCUGGAAAGUUUAAAGGAAAAGACGCUCGCUACUUCGACUCAAAAUUCCAAAAUUGAAACGCACGUUAUUGAAUCGCAGAAUUGUCUUGACUUGCUGUUUUACUUUUUGGUUUUUCAUGAUAUGUGUCUGUUCUCAAACAAGGUUUACUUACUUCAAUAUAUGGAGUCUACGGAGGAUACUCUAUCGCUUUCUCUGAAGCAAAGUGAAGAACUUAAAUAUGAGCCUGAUAUGAAGGUUGAACAGCAAGCAGACGAAGAUUUCGACAUGCUGUUCGGAGAGGACACCAGCACUGCCGGUAACGACCCUGAAUUAUUAAAUCAGGAAAGACUUGAACGCGAUAUGAUGGAAAGACGUGUUCCAAUACUUCUGCGAUCAUCGUUUGCUCGAAUUUUGCAUGAAAAGAAGCUAGCAACAGAUGAGUUGCGGCAUGACACUAACUACAAAGACAGCCUUGCGUCGGAUGUUGAUGAAUAUCAUAGCAGGUAUGUUAGACUACUGGACACUGUUGUCAUCUGA